GGCUCGCGGACUCACGUCACGUGUCGGGGUGAGGUUCGUCAGUCGGUGCCUGAACGGAUCGAACCGGAGCGACAGCUGCACAACUUUAUUCAUCAUCAUGAGGCUCUUCAUGAUCUCGCUGCUCUUCUCACAUGGCCUUGCUACUCAGCUGCUGUCAGAAAUGUACGGUAGCCUGCAGUCGCCAAACUUCCCUGAGCCGUAUCCCAGAGAGACGGAGCUGCGCUGGAACAUCAGCGUUCCCGAUGGCUUCCAGAUCAGACUGUACUUCAGCCACUUCGACCUGGAACCAUCCUACCUGUGCGAGUAUGACUUUGUCAAGGUGGAGGUGGAGGGGGAGGUGCUGGCACUAUUCUGUGGGAAGGAGGAGACGGACACGGAGGUGGUGCCGGCCCAGCGGGUCAUCACCUCCCCCAGAAACUCUCUGAGCGUCCUCUUCACCUCAGACUUCUCUAAUGAGGAGAGAUACUCGGGGUUCAUGGCUCAUUACAGCGCUGUGGAUAUAGACGAGUGCAGCAGGCAGAGUGACGAGGAUCCGAUCUGUGAUCAUUUCUGCCACAACUACAUCGGAGGAUACUACUGCUCCUGUCGCUAUGGUUACCUGCUGCACUCUGACAGCUGCACCUGCAGAGUGGAGUGCAGUGGUGCUGUGUUCAGGGAACGCUCCGGCAUUCUCAGCACCGUGGAUUUUCCUGCUCCGUACCCGAAGAGCUCAGAGUGCUCAUACCUCAUCGAGGUGGAGGAAGGUUUCAGGCUCCGCCUCCAGUUUGAGCCCCAAUUUGAUGUGGAGGAUCACCCUGACGUCGUCUGCCCUUACGACUACGUCAAGAUCGAAGCAGGAAACAGCGAGUUCGGUCCAUUCUGCGGCAGUCGGUCACCAGGAGUCAUUCAGACCAACAGCAGCGUCGCCAUUAUCCUUUUCCACAGCGACAACUCAGGAGAAAACCUUGGCUGGAGGCUCAACUACACAGCCACAGGAAGUCAGUGUCCGGUACCUGAGACUCCAUCCAAUGCCGUGAUGAACCCCGUCCAAUCAGAAUACUCCUUUAAAGAGCACAUCCUGUUUACCUGUGAGCCUGGGUACCGUCUGCAGAAGGACGGCGAGCUGCUGGAUCAUUAUCAGCUGGACUGUCAGGCUGAUGGCUCAUGGAGCAAUCGCCCUCCUCGUUGUGAAAUGGUGGAUUGUGGGAGUCCAAUGAUGGUUGAUAUGGCAGACAUGGUGUUUGGUAACCAUGACAACAACACCCUGUUUGGAGCGACUAUCCAUUACAUCUGUAGGGAGGACAGCAUGAUUCUAAGCAACAGUUCGUACAGGUGUGAUCUGACGGGAGAAUGGAUUGAUGCAGCUGGAGAGACAACAUUGCCCAGAUGUGCACCAGCCUGCGGCCGUCCGUCCCGCUCUCUCCCCCCUCAGGUGAAGCGGAUUGUUGGUGGUCGGAGCGCAGAGCCUGGCCUCUUCCCCUGGCAGGUGCUGCUCAGUGUGGAGGAUCUGUCUCGGGUGCCUGAGGACCGCUGGUUUGGCUCUGGGGCUCUGUUGUCUGAAUUGUGGGUCCUCACAGCUGCCCAUGUCCUGCGGUCUCAGAGGAGGGACACCAGUGUUGUCCCUGUGGCCCCGGAGCAUGUGAAGGUGUUCCUGGGUCUACACAGGAUCAGAGACAAAAAUCAGGCCACCAACCGCUCAGUGCAGCACAUCUUCCUCCAUCCUGACUUCCAGCCUAACAACUACAACAAUGACAUCGCCCUGCUGAGGCUGACGAAGCGGGUGGAGUUUAACCAGCUCAUCCUUCCAGUCUGUCUGCCACCAGGUCACAGACAGGGUGACCCUCCAUCACCUCUCCCCAACUCUCUGGGUGUAGUUGCUGGUUGGGGGAUCUCCAACCCCAAUGCCUCCUCCUCCUCCUCCACCCUGACCUCUGACCCUGCGGUGGCUGCAGACCUCGGGAUGACCGCCAGCCACCUGCAGUAUGUGAAACUACCGGUGGUUUCUCAGAGCGAGUGCCAGGCGAGCUAUGCCUCGCGCUCCGUCAGCUACAACAUCACAGACAACAUGUUCUGUGCUGGCUUCUUCGAGGGGGGGCGGGACACCUGCCUGGGGGACAGCGGGGGGGCAUUUGUGAUGGAGGACAAGAUCAGCCAGAGGUGGGUGGUGUUUGGGUUGGUGUCCUGGGGUGGGCCAGAGGAAUGCGGGAGUCAGAGGGUGUAUGGAGUCUACACCCGGGUGGAUAGAUAUGUGGAGUGGAUACAGAACCACCUGAACACCGCCCCCUGAUGGUGAGACAGAGACAUAGCACAGACUCUGAAGCACCACAUGAAAAUGUAAGAAUCAAUGCUGGCUUUGAUCCGUAUUGAUUAGCUUUUAUAAGCAACACGGUUAUUAUCAGAACUGAUGAAAACUUCAUUCUGAUGCUCUCAUGUUAGUUUGUGAUGUCACAGCAUUACAUCACAUCCUGCGAUUUACUUUUGCAGCUACAGAUUCUGGAUUCUUCUCCAGAACAACAUGCAGUUUUUAGUCUCAGGUUAUUCAAACACUCCAGUUAGCGAUGCAUGAGGACGGCUGAUGGGACACAGAUCCAACAUGGCGGCGUCGGAACAACAUGUCCCAACACAGAAACAGAAGAGGCUGAGUCCCAAGGUUUAUCUCACCUCAGUCCUAAACACAAACUUUAAUGCACUCCUGUCAGGUGUGUUACCUGAUAUUUACCCUGUAUACUGACCUUACACUCACAUUAUUCUGUAUCCUGAAGGUCUUUUAAAAAAAUAAACGUGUUUGUAGAGAAAGAAAAUGUGUACAUUC